UGUCCACUCUGUUAGCAUCCAAUCGGAGCACUGAAGCCCACCCGGCCUUGUCUUUAUGGUGUGGUCAGCCUAGUUCUAUUCUAUCAGGUCAGAGGUCAGAAAGGACCACUAGGACAACAUAGGACAGUUCCGGGUCCUGUCUAUGUGAUGGUAGAGCUGCGUGUAACCUACCACGUAAUAGUGGCCAGCCACUGACCAGAUCGCUAGAACAUUACAUAGCCUAUAAGUGAACCAAAGCUAUUCAUGCUGUAUAGCACAGCAGCAAGCCUUUUUCAUAGCUGCUGUGUCAGCUCACCCUGGAGCUAACUGCCACAGCAUCCCGCCCAGGCACCUGCACAGAUGGGAGUCAACCUGUGCCCAGCACUUUGCCCUCCCACUCGCCAAGUGCCCUUUUCUGUGGUGGUGUAUUUAUAUAUAUUUUGGGGGGGGAUUUGGUCAUUGUUGUUCUGAACCGAUUGCCCGCAAGUCGUCGUGAUGUCAUCUGUUGGUUGCUCCUGUUGGUCAGCCCUGUUGGUUGCUCCUGUUGGUCAGCCCUGUUGGUUGCUCCUGUUGAUCAGCCCAGUUGGUUGCUCCUGUUGGUCAGCCCUGUUGGUUGCUUCUGUUGGUCAACCCUGUUGGUUGCUCCUGUUGAUCAGCCCUGUUGGUUGCUUCUGUUGGUCAGCCCUGUUGGUUAGCCCUGUUGGUUGCUCCUGUUGGUCAGCCCUGUUGGUCAGCCCUGUUGGUCAGCCCUGUUGGUCAGCCCUGUUGGUCAGCCCUGUUGGUUGCCCCUGUUGGUCAGCCCUGUUGGUUGCUCUUGUUGGUCAGCCCUGUACAGAUCUCACGCUUGCCCAGUUGUGCCUUUUUCCCGUCUGCCAUGUACUGAGAUUGCACAUGCCUGGUAUCCAAACAUGCAUGAGAUGCGGCCACCAGUCUAGUGUGUGUAGCUAGCUAUCUAGUUUAUAAUAUCAACAGUGUUGCCACAGCGGUAUAACAUUUGAUUAAACCUUGAGUUACAUCAUCAUCAAUAUUCAGUCUAGUUGGUGUAACCGGUGUGAAAUGGCUAGCGAGUUAACAGGGUGCGCGCUAAUAGCGCUUCAAUCAGUAACAUCACUCGCUCUGAGACCUUGAAGUAGUUGUUUCCCUUGCUCUGCAAGGGCUGGGGCUUUUGUGGAACGAUGGGUAACGGUGCUUUGAGGGUGACUGUUGUCGAUGAGUGCAGAGGGUCCCUGGUUCGAGGUCAGGUAGGGGCGAGGAGAGGGACGGAAGGAACACUGUUACCCCUGGUUCGAGGCCAGGUAGGGGCGAGCAGAGGGACGGAAGGAAUACUGUUACCCCUGGUUCGAGGCCAGGUAGGGGCGAGCAGAGGGACGGAAGGAACACUGUUACAUUGGCUGAUACACAGAGUAGACAGAGAGAGGAGCGGCUGCAUCAACGACCCUCCCUCCGACCCGACUCCAUCCCUUCCUCAGUCGGCAGCAGCAUCACAGAGCUCUGAAGUCUCAGAAUGCACUUUCACCUGGGGUGGUGCAGGCAGCGAUGACAUCACAGCGCUCUCUGCUAACUCCGCCCACUACCAGCUGCUGUCAGAGCUGGGGAAAGGCUUCAACAACCUGAGCCAGGUGUGCAUGGCACGCCACACCCCCUCCCGCCAGCUGGUGGCAGUCAAGAACACCAACCUGGAUGAGUGUACAGAGGAUGAGCUGCUACAGUUGAUGUGUUUCCUGGCUGUGACCCCAGUGUUUCCUGGCUGUGUGACCCCAGUGUUUCCUGGCUGUGUGACCCCAGUGUUUCCUGGCUGUGUGACCCCAGUGUUUCCUGGCUGUGUGACCCCAGUGUUUCCUGGCUGUGUGACCCAAGUGUUUCCUGGCUGUGUGACCCCAGUGUUUCCUGGCUGUGUGACCCCAGUGUUUCCUGGCUGUGACCCCAGUGUUUCCUGGCUGUGUGACCCCAGUGUUUCCUGGCUGUGUGACCCCAGUGUUUCCUGGCUGUGUCCCCAGAACGAGGUUCUUCUCUCCAGGCUGUUCCGCCACCCCAACCUGCUGACCUCUCGCCUGGUCUUCAGCUCCUGCUGCCAGCUCUGGGUCCUCACACCACUCAUGGGCUACGGUUCGGCAGAUAGCCUGCUGAGGACGUUCUUCCCUGACGGGAUGAGUGAGUCCCUGAUCGCUUACCUCCUCCAUGGAGUCCUGAAGGCUCUGCAAUACCUGCACCUCAUGGGCUACGUGCACAGGGGAGUGAAGGCCAGUCACAUCCUGCUGUCUGGGGAGGGCCGUGUCUACCUCUCGGGGCUGCACAGUGUUUACAGUAUGAUGCGGGAUGGGAAGAAGGUGAAGACCGUGUUUGACAUGCCCCACCACAGCCCCGCCCUGCUACCCUGGCUCAGCCCAGAGCUGCUACGACAGGACCUGCAUGGCUAUGGGGUGAAGUCAGACAUCUACAGUCUGGGGAUAGUAGUCUGUGAGCUGGUCAGUGGCAGGGUGCCUUUCCAGGACAUGCCCCCUACACAGAUGCUGCUCCAGAAGCUGCGUGGGUCCCACUGCUGCCUGCUGGACGUGGCCCCCUCCCCCCUAGGGGAGCUGGGGGGGCUGAAGGUGUCCCGCUCCGGGGUGGACUCUGGCAUCGGGGAGAGUGUAGCCACGGGCAGCCUGACCCGCACCGCCACCGCCGAAAGACCUCAGAGCCCCGCCCCCAAGAACCACUCGGCCACCCUGCACAACCUGGUCCAGCUGUGUCUGCAACAGCAGCCCGACUGCAGACCCUCUGCUUCUACACUGUUGACCCAUGCCUUCUUCAAACAGGUGAAAAGACAUCAUACCCGGGACUCCUUCCUCAGUCUCAUGUACCCCGCGGUGCCCCUUGGAGUUUCCAGCCCCGAUGACCCCUCUGUGUCCUGCUCCUCUACCCCGUCCUGCCACCCCCCCACCUCCGCCAUCGCUCACCCCACAGAGGAGGUGUGGGACUUCUCCUAACCCUCCCCCCUUCCACCUCUGCCCCCCACAUCCCAAAAUCUGACAACCAAGCCUAACUCAAGACAAUCAAAACGAUCAAAAAACAGCGAGCCCAAACCUUUCUACUGUGCUUUGAUUGGACCUGUCCUACCCACCACUCUGAGCCUUUCUACUGUGUUUUGAUUGGACUUGUCCUACCCACCACUCUGAGCCUUUGUACUGUGUUUUGAUUGGACUUGUCCUACCCACCACUCUGAGACUUUCUACUGUGUUUUGAUUGGACUUGUCCUACCCACCACUUUGAGCCUUUCUAAUGUGCUUUGAUUGGACUUGUCCUACCCACCACUCUGAGCCUUUCUAAUGUGUUUUGAUUGGACUUGUCCUACCCACCACUCUGAGCCUUUCUACAAGUUUUCUAGGCUUUUAUAUGUUUGUUUUGAAACUCAAAUAAGGGUCUGCAGGUGGAUGUUUAUUGUCAUAAGUCUUGUCCUGGAGGCAGAACUGAGCCAUUUCCCCUUAGAUAGCUGGAAUAGGAGGGCGGGAUUAUUGAAGCUGCUCUGCCUGGAUCAUCCAAUGAGGAUCUCUGUACCAUGGGUGUGGCUGCCGGUCGACGACAAUGACAACCAAUGACGUUGCAGGACAGUGAGGACACGCCAGUGAAAUGCCAGUGAAAAGACCUAUCACUGGACUCAUAUGGAUCGUACUACGAACAGUAAUGUGAACUAUUUUAGGCUAUUAGACUGUGAAAGGGCAUAGAUAAUAAUGUGUCAGGGUUUGAAGAGGAAGAUAAUAGAUAAUGAUAUGUUAUGGAGUUGGAGAGGUGUGUUGUGUUAAAACACAAGUGUGUGAGCAGAGACGGUACGAGAAUAGCUAGUGUGUUAGUGGAAGUUCUAUGGUUAUCCCUCUAGUCUUGUGAAACCAGCCUGAUCUCGCGAUAGCUCACAUUCCCGAAGUGAAACUAAACGUGAGCUCAGCAGUCCGUCUGAUUGACCAGGCUGCUAUCCCUCCCCUGUACAACCAGGGAAAUCCCUGUGAUCAAAUAAGAACUAUAACACUACCACUACUGCGCUUUGAGACGCAGCUACCCUAUACACGUCCUCCUUGUCAUAAUAAACGUACGGGAGGGUCCUCAAUUGUAUCGUUUUAAUGAAAUCUGUGAACUGUUUAUGAUACAUUUAUGUGGAUUAUUCUGUGAUUGAUGAUUAUGUGUAUGAGAGACAUUUUAUGUAUCAGUGCAUAUCAAACAUGUUAUAGCUGUAUGAGCCUUAUAGAAGUGUUAUAAAUAUAUUCAUUAUCAAUUUUCUAAAA